AUGGCUGCGGCAAUGACGAGCACAGGAAACCCUAUGGAUCAAUAUGUGCUGAACUGGAGGCCAUCACCAUUAGAAGACAAGCUCGGUGUGCCCAAAUUUGCACUGAAAACCGAUUUCGACUCGACUACUUUACCACCAUCCAAGGAUCUGAGUGGCUACGAUACUCCAGUCAAAGAUCAAGGAAGGCUAGGCGCAUGUACCGCCUUUGCAGCAAUAGCAAUUGUUGAGCACAUUGCAAAUCGGAACGGCAGAGCAUCAGACUGGUCAGAGCUCUACUUGUACUACAAUACCAGGGCGAAAGUAUCGGGCUGGAACCCAAACGAGGAUACAGCAACUGCGUACGUAAGAGGAUCUAUCAAUCAAGUCCUUAAGACGGCGUUUGUUCCAAGUACUGUAGAUGCAAUUCGUGCAAGUAUUGCGAGUGGCCGACCGGUCGACAUUGGGUUCGUCUGCUACUCGGACUUCACUCAGGAUAGCGCGGUCUACAGGUCAGGACAAGUCCCCAUGCCAACCGCAUCUUCGUACAGAACUGGAGGACACUCUGUGGCAAUCGUAGCCUACCACGAUGGCACUCGGCAGUUCAAGUUCAAGAAUUCCUGGACAACGAGCUUCGGGGAAAGGGGGUAUGGUUUCCUGCCAUACGACUACGUCACUGGCUAUACGCCCGACAGACCUAGGUCGAAGCUAGUAUCGGACUGUUGGACAAUCGUCAGCAUUGAAUACGAGAGCGACUAUGUGAUCCUGAGUGAUCAAAACGCGCCAGAGGGAGUUGAGCACUUCGACAUGGGAAUUAUUAAUCCUGCGCUUGCCGGAUCAGAUGACUGA